CAAAAACCCACCUAAAAUAAACAACAGUUGAGUUUUAGUCGAAGCCCAAAGCAGCAUCUGGUUGCUUUUCUCCUCCAGCGUCAAGAUGUUUGCAACGAUGCUGAAGGUAUUUCCAGUUCUCGCCAUCCUUACAGGUCAUGUCAGCAGUGUUGUGGUGACCGUCCCUGAGAAGACAGUGAACGUCAGUACAGGUGGCAACGCAACCCUUCUCUGUACAUAUACAAGUUCUGGAUCGCUGGGAAACUUCUUUAUCCAGUGGAGCUUUUACAGUGCCAAAGAGACCCAACUGCACACCAUCUACUAUUAUUCAGAAGGCCAGUCUUACUCCUAUGGAGAGUUUAAGAACAGGAUAACAGCUGCAACAGGUCCAGGGAAUGCAUCAAUAACAAUCUCCAACAUGCAGCCCUCAGACACUGGUUCUUACACCUGUGAAGUUUUCAGCCCACAGGGUGAUGCUGGACAGAGUCAAAAAUCCGUGAUUGUCAAUGUGCUGGUCAAACCAUCAACACCUUUCUGCAAAAUAGAAGGAACUCCUGAAAAAGGCCAUCUAGUCUACCUCUUAUGCAGAUGUGAGGAAGGAUUGCCUCACCCUACCUACCGCUGGUACAAAGUAUCUGACAAUACCCUAAAGCCUGUGACUGAACAGCUCAAUCCAAACACUGGCAUUCUUUACAUUGGCAAUCUCACCACCUUUGAAACUGGGUAUUACCGGUGCGUAGCCAGUAACAUCCUGGGGAACAGUACCUGUGAGCUUGACCUAACUACGAACUAUUCAGAUGGUGGCAUUGUUGCUGGAGCAUUAAUUGGAGCAGUUCUUGCAGCUGCUAUCAUUUGCAUUAUUGUUUGGGUCUUAAGCAAGAAGGCAAAAAAGACUAAGAAGACACCAAGUAACGAGAUGCAAGAAAUGGCUCAGAAACAAUCCAAUGCAGAGUAUGUUCAGGUACCUAACGAAGAAAACAUUCCUCCAACCACAGUUCCACCAAGCAACGCAACAAAUGAAUACCCUAGUGUUGAUGAAACAGCAGCCUCUGGAACACUUCAGAAUGAUGAGAAGCAAGAAGCAGAAAAAGAAGAAACAGCCUAGUUUUAAUACAGUUUUCCAUGUCAGCUUUGGACCCCUUUAUAUAAAAAUUGUUGUCAUUGAAAUAACAUAGAGGCAUGACUAAAACUUGGAUGGGUAUUUGUUUUGUGAACCGCUGUGCUGCAGAUUGAAAAGGGUCUGUUACACAUGCACUUUGUGAAUAGGUGAAGAUUUGGCCUUUAGAGUUAACAAAAUUUCAUUUAUUAUCUGGUUAUAAUUGUACAUAAAUAUAAGUCUAAAAAGACUACCAGUCUUUUAUCAGUCUAAAAGACUAUUUUGCAACCUAUUUUGCAAAACUAAUUAUGAAACAGGCUGGAGCAUUUAUCAAAGUAAAAGCUUUCCAGUCACCUCUCAGUGAUGCUGUAUGAUCUAUACAGAUCUGAACCACAGCAGUCUUCUCCAGAAACAGUGUUAGUCAAACUCAUGUUUCCUGUGCACC